CGCUGCGUAUCAGUGUUUGACUUGACGCAGCUUUUUGACGUUGACAGCGGUUUGGUGGAAACGAGACGCGCAGGUUGCGGCCGCACGGUGCCGACACGGAGACACCCUAACCCCGCACAGCCACCACCCACCAGCCGCUACGGCCGGAGGAAGCCUCGGUGUGUUUCACUCCAGUUCAGCCCGAUCGACGACGGUCAGGAUGAAGAUUUCUUUUCGUCCUGACUUGACUCCGUGAACGAGGCUGAACUUCCCCGAUCCUGCUCCCUCGGUGCGGCGGUGCGGUGGAUUCCCCCCGGAUUUAACCGGGGCCACAGCGGCCGGUUUCGCCGAACACUAGACCACGGAACAUCAGACAACAAGUGACCGUGGGGAGUAAGAGGGAGAGCCCGCAGAUGAGCAGUGACACAGCCGAACGGUGGAGAUGAGUUGAUCGAGAAACCAGCCGUGAUCAACUCGGUGGAAAGUUGUUGGAAAAACGGCGCAGUGAAGCGAACUAACGCUAAAAGUGAUUUUUCUUGGAGCGGGACACGUUUAAGUCGAGGUCUAAACUUUCUCUCCUUGCAGAAAUCGGACUAACAAAUCAUAGCAUCAUGUGCGAAGUGUCCAUGGAGCAGCAGGAGGAGGAGCGGGAGAUCUCGGACUUGGAGCCGCAGGAUGGCUCCUCUGUGGCGAGGAACGGGGUGAUACUGGUGGUCAACCAGAGCCGGGUCCGGCCUCCGUUCAGCGUGGUGCUGGCCACCCUCCUCUACUGCGCCGAGUUCAUCACGGCCGCCGUGCUGUGCAGCAUGUACCGCAAGACCCACGACGUGAUCUGGAUGAGCUUCACCAUCGCCUUCAUGCUGCUGCCCGCCGUGCUCAUCCAGCUCACCCUCACCUUCAUCCACCGGGACCUGGGUCGGGACCGGCCCCUGGUCCUCUUCCUGCACCUGCUGCUGCUCGGCCCGGUCAUCAGGUGUUUCGAGGCCCUGCUGGUCUACUUCAAGGCGGGUAAGAGGGAGGAGCCCUACGUCACCAUCUCCAGGAAGAUCAGUCUGAAGAAGGGCCAGGGGAUGCCCAUGGAGUGGGAGAUUGGCCAGUCGGAGCGCAACCUGGCCACUCACAGGAACGCCUUCAAACGCACCGCCGUCAUCCAGGCCUUCCUGGGCUCCACGCCUCAGCUGACGCUCCAGCUGUACGCCACCAUCCAGGAGAAAUACAUCCUCCCCACGAGAUUGGCUCUGAUGAUCAUCACCCUCAUCUCCAUCACGUACGGGGCCCUCGUCUGCAGCGUCCUGGCCAUCCAGAUCAGGUACGACGACUACAAGGUGCGGCUGCGUCCCUUGGCCUACCUGUGCAUGAUCGUGUGGAGAGGUUUGGAGAUCGCCACCCGGGUCACCGUUUUGGUUCUCUUCAGCUCGGCACUCACCCACUGGGUGGUCCUCGUCGUCAUGGCCAACCUGCUGUUUUUCUUCUUCCUGCCCUGGGGUGAGUUCUGGGCCAAGAAGGGCUCGCUGACUGAGAACGUGGAGAAGAACUUCUCUAAGCUGGGCACCACCGUGGUGCUGUGCAUGUUCACGCUGCUCUACGCCUGCAUCAACAUCUUCUGCUGGUCGGCGGUGCAGCUCGACCUCUCCCAUCGAGAGCUCAUCGACAGGAAGCAGCGCUGGGACUGGCUGGCCAUGUACUACUCCGGACGCUUUGUAGAGAACUUCCUCCUCAUCACGCUCUGGUACUUCUUCAAGUCAGAUUUCUUCGAGUACGUGUGCGCCCCCCUGCUGUGCGUCCAGCUGCUGAUCUGCUACAGCCUGGCCGUGCUCUUCAUGCUGCUCUUCUAUCAGUUCUGCCACCCAUGCAGACGCCUCUUCAAGUACAACAUCCACGACUGCCUGCACUGCGUCUGCUGCCGUACAGGGAGCGGCAGGGAGACGGAGACGCUGCCGCCCUCGUACUCCACCGCUGCCACCAUGGUGCUGGUACCAGAGGAGCCGCUGGAGCUGCUGGACUCCCAAAACUCUCACCCCCCUGAGCUAGGCGAGCGGGAGACUGCUAUUGUUGAAGACACGAUGGAAGCAGCCUGAGAGGGGAUUUCUGCUGAAGAGCAGAACUCGACCUCUCUAAUGUAGAAAUGCAUCCUGGGAAUAGCAAGGCAUGAUGGGAGCGCUGCGAGGUGCAUUCCUGAACAAGACCUCAAGUAGUUUCACACAAAAACCAGAAUGAGUUUGUGUCUUUGUGUGAAUGAGGUGUUGAAGAACAAACUUCUGCCUUUUUAUUCUUUGAGUGCUAAAAACAUAUCUUCACCCUGUCACGCAUGGUUCUCUGCGGGAUUGAGGUUUAAUGUAUUUAUUAAGAAUGAUUACAUUCACUUUAGGGCACCAUGAAGCCCCGGUUUACCAAAGAAUGUAAUGUGUUGAUAUAAGCAGCGAUGCACAAAGGCCGCCUGGAGAGAGCAGCAGUGGGUCAGGUACAGGCCUGAGCCAGGUGUGUGGGGAAACGUGCCAAGUGUGAAGCAGGUCCUCGAAAAGACCAACUGGCACGGACACCAGUUCACGUCCUGUCUCCUCUCUUCGCACACGCCUGCAUGUGCACUACAAACAGAAAGCUGGAAGGCAAGGGAAAGGUCACAAGAAUCCCUUUCUUCCUCAUGCCUGACAACUGCAUAAACCUGCUGUGAUGAAUGCCUUGUGUUGUUCAUUGUGCAGUCUUGUAUUAAGGUUGGACAAAGGGCCAGGUCUGUGAAAAUAAACUGUCCAAAGGGAAUAUGAAAGUUACUUUAGAUGAUGCCUUAAGAAGAGUGACACAGAAUGAGCUUCUUCUUCACUGAAGCGAUUUCACAUUUUUGCUGUUUUUUAUGUUUUGUCACAUGUUCACUGGUGAUUUACUCCCGUGUUACUUGAAACUAAAAUAAAAUGAAAUGUCUAAACAUCCA